AUGGCAUACAAGCCUACAUACCACGAGGACUCGGACGCCGACGACGAGUAUGAGCGCAGCGUCUUCACCUCUCCAACCUUGCCCGCAGACUUCGAGUCCUCGCCCACGGACUCGGGACCACCCUCCACAGAGCAUACGCCGACCACAUUUACACAUUCUGGGGAGAGCCAUGGCUCGCCAACCGGCGUCAUAACCCAGUGGACGGCGGGGCAGUGUGCGGAUUUCAUAACUAGUUUGGGACUGGGACAGUACGCGGACAACUUCAUAGAGGAGGGCGUUACUGGCGAGGAGUUGAUUGUGCUGCAGCACGCAGAUCUGAAAGAGAUGGGCGUGAGCAGCGUGGGCCACCGCCUUACCAUCCUGGGGCGUGUGUACGAGGCGAAAGUCAAACACAAUGUGCGCAUAGAACCGGACCACUACGUACCCCUCUCCGCCGAUGCAGCCGCUCAGGAGCUAGCGCCCACUCAAGAUGAUAUCGCUCGUAUCAUCCGCAUCAUAGAGGAUCGAGACAAGAGAAUACACAGCGCAGAGGCAGAGUUGCGAAUUCUGAAAGAAGACCUAACCCGAGUUGCCGAAGAGAACCGAAAGCUGCGAGAAGACCAUCUGACAGUAGCACGAAUGGUCAAGGACCGAUCUCAGCCCCUGCCAACACCGGAUCGAGGAGACGAGGAACAAACGAAGGAGCGAAGCGGAACCGGCCUCUCGCGAAAAUUCUCCACCAAGAACUUCUUCCUCAGCGGCUCCGGCCCCAAGCAGCCUUCGCCCACCAUCCACGAAGGCCGCACUCUAACCGACAGCUCCUCCCUGGACCCCUCCGCCGCCGCACUGGCCGCCUCGUCGCACCUUACCGCCUCGAUAAGCGGCGGGGUCCCACCCGCAACUACACCGCACACACACACUCACGCGCAGCCGUCGCCAACCUCGCCCGCCUACAACACAACAUCCGCGUCCGCACAGUCUCGCUCUUUCCCCCGAGAUGGCCCGGCCUCGCGCUCGCACACAGCGGACGACUACAACAGCUACACCUCGAGCUACUCGAACGCCUCGACGCUUAUCGGAGACCGCGAAACCCGCGACCUGCGUACCGCGACCCCGGCGCCGCUCUCCUCGCGGCCCCUUCGCAGCGCCAACACCUCCACCACCGCCGGCAACAGCGGACCCACAUCCGCGCCCACAGACGCGGCCCCCGACCCGCCCAACUCCGGCGGCCUCGGCCCACCAGCCCCCUACUCCUCCGCAGCCUCGAUCGCGCCCUCGACAGCCACAAACCCGCAAGUCGAGAUCUUCAAGUCGUUCCGCGUGUCCAUCGAUGACCCGUGCCACAAGGUCCUCCCCGUCGCGCUCAAGAAAUACAACAUCACGGCCGACUGGCGCCAGUAUGCGCUCUACAUUGUGCACGGCGACCAGGAGCGGUGUCUAGGAUUGAACGAGAGGCCGUUGAUUCUGUUCAAGCAGCUGGAUAAGGAGGGCAGGAAGCCGAUGUUUAUGUUGCGGAAACAUGCGAGUCCGAUGGACGUCGGGCAUGUGAGUACGAUUGCCGGGGGUGGGGGCGGUGGCGGGGUGGUUAAUUUGCCGGGGGGUGUGCUGUAG